AAUCAACAUUGUUUCUAGGGUUUUUGUCCAGCAGAACGCAACAGAAGAUGGCACCCAAGGUUAUGCUGAAGGCCAAAGGAAAGAACACGAAGAAGUUCGCCGCCGUCGCCGAUGAGGACGGUGGAGCUGUGACGGCAGUGUACACUUUUGUCAAGGACUGGAGCACAUGGACCGCGAAGAAGGCCAAAGUAAUCACCCACUACGGCUUUAUUCCCCUUGUCAUCAUCCUCGGCAUGAACUCUGAACCCAAGCCCUCGCUCUCCCAACUUCUCAGCCCGGUCUGAAAAACCCGAUGUGAAAUUACAGUUUCAGCUUUUUUUUCUCUUCGUUACCAAAUCGAUAAUCUCUCUUUUUAUGCAGUAGCUUGGGUUAUAUAUUUGUCGAUUUGACGCUUAUUAGCAGUUGAUUUUAGAAUUUUGCUUUUGAUUUUCAUAUGUAGGAGUUACAAUGUUUUGAUCAACUUUCUAAUGUUAUGUUAGCUGUUCUCUUUCA